GGCCCCGGCCAGCGCCGGGACCUCUUCCUGCAGGCCACGCCUCACCCGGACAUCAGCCGCCGCGUGGCCGCCUUCCGCUUCGAGCUUCGCGCAGACAAGCAUCCGGAGCUACCUCCGCGGGCCCAGGGCCUCGGCGUGGACGGUGUCUGCAGACCCUGCAGCGACGCUGAGCUCCUCCUGGCGGCAUGCACCAGCGACUUCCUGAUCAAUGGGACCAUCCACGGGGUCACCCACGACUCGGAGUCUCAGGAGUCCAUCAUCACCGUGGUGCCCACGCGUGUUCUCCGCCCGAUGCUGCCAGUGGGCGGCGCCGAGGGCCCGGGGCAAGCCUCCAUCCACACCCCCCUGCAGUGCGGUGUCCGCCCGGGCCCAGGCACCUUCCUCUUCAUGGGCUGGCGCCACUUUGGCCAGGCCUGGCUGGGCUGUGCCCCCCGCUCCCAGGAGUUCAGACGUGCCUACGCUGCUGCCCAUGCUGCCCACACCCACCCCUGCGAGGUGAAACUGGACUGAGAGGACUGGGGAACGCCAGUGGGACCUUCCUGGGCGAGGGGGCAUGAGGGUGGGGGGCUGGAGGUCCCCAGACGGCAUCGCAGGACCGCUGACAGGCGUCCUGAGCUGACAGGCGGCACCAAUAAGAACAUUGCUC